CAAAAUAAUCUAAGUAAAAGUGACAAAACGUCUUAUUCUUAUUGUUUUUGUUAUUUAUUAUCUAAUUUGAUGGACGGUUAACGUAUUACCAUAAUGGUUAUACCAAGCCCAUUCGUUUACUGGGCGCAAACUGAGCGUGUCGUGAGUUUGAAGAUAGACUUGAAAAAUGUCUCAGAACCAGAUGUGAAGGUUCUCGAAAAUACUAUUAAAUUCUCAGCCCAGGGAAUCGGAGCACAUGGCCAGAGUCUUUACCAAUUCUCCUUGGACUUGUUCUCGCCAGUUAAGUCCAGUGAUUCAAAUGACGGGGAUCCAGUACCCGUACGAGUGUUUGACAACCGUGUAGAGCUGGUGUUGCACAAGAACAAAGCAUCCUGGUGGCCUCGACUCACUGCCCAGCCGCAGAAACCUGCAUGGCUCAAGAUAAACUUUGACCUAUGGAAGUCGGAGGAUGCGCAAGACAGUGACGAGGAGAAACGCGACGUCAUGAAGGAUUACCCUGGAAUGUAUGACAAAUUGCACAAAGAAGAAUUUGGAUAUAGGAAAGAUUUGAAAAAAGUGUACCUAAUAAUCUACAAUCUUUUCCAAUGGAUUGGCUUCAUGUACGUACUGACUGUAAUGGCUGUACGCUACACUAAGCUGGAGUAUGCUUCAGUGCCUGACACAUAUGAACAUGUAGGAUCUGCUAUGAAGUUUCUUCAACUAUUACAGUACUUGGAAGUCAUGCAUCCAUUGUUUGGGUACACCAGGGGUGGUGUGUUAGUCCCAUUUAUGCAAGUAAGCGGUAGAGCAUUCGUUCUAUUCGCCAUGAUAGAGGCGGAACCUCGAAUGCAAACGAAACCUGUGGUCUUCUAUCUCUUUCUUGUUUGGAGCUUCAUUGAAAUUGUCAGGUAUCCGUUCUACAUUUCUCAACUAUACAAGAAGGAAAUAUACAUACUUACCUGGUUACGUUAUACACUGUGGAUCCCUCUUUAUCCUUUGGGCAUUCUUUGCGAAUCUAUCGUCAUCCUGAGAAACAUUCCAUACUUCGAAGAAACGCAAAAAUUUACAAUUGCACUUCCGAACGAAUGGAAUUUUGCGUUCCAUAUGCCAAGUUUCCUUAGAAUCUAUUUACUACUAAUUACAUUCCCCGGUAUGUAUUUUGUUAUGAAACACAUGCACAAACUGCGUACAGUGAAACUGAAGCCAAAGAUUGUCAUUAAAAAGUCUAAAUAGGAUAAAUUAUUACAAUACUACGACUUCGUUUUGUACUCUGUAAAGUGCGGCAAGUAUAAGUAUACACGUAUAUUUUGUUAUUACAAACAGUUAGGGUUUUGGCAUUAUGUGUUAGAAUAUAACAAGAUUGGGGGCACAUAUUGAUUUUCUUUUUAGUUUACUAACUCCACGUUGUGUUUAUUUAUCCUUCAUAGAAUUAGCGUAUCUUAUUCCAGCGUGACCAUGGUUGAGUCUUUGAAGUUUCGACUAGUUUGGUAAAAAGUCGCCGUUCAGUCGGUUCUAGUCGCAAAAAACUAGAUUUAGUCGCCGUUCAAAAGUUGUAAGGGUGUUUUUUACCGUCCACUCUGGAAUAAACGUAUUCCAACUGUACCAUUCCCCAAUCUCGAGAAUCACGACACCUAAAUUAAAUUUACUUUUAAAAAGUCGUGAUUUAGUCGGUUCUAAUUGUAAAAAACUAGAUUUAGUUGUCAUGAUGCCAUUUUGAAGUUAUAAGGAUGUUUUACUGUCCACGUUGAAAUGAGCUUAUUCCGGCGGCACCAUUUUUAACCGACUUAAAAAAGGAGGAGGUUCUCCAUUCGACUUUUUUGUAUGUAUGUUACGCGCCAUUUGUGAACCGAUUUUGAUGAUCCUUUUUUUUUGUUGGAAAGAGGGUACCUCAGAAGUGGUCCCAUUUAAAUUUGAAGAAAAUAUUCGACCUCUAAAGGUCUCUCUCUAAGGGUAAAUCGACUAUGGUCAGGCUGGAAUAAGUCACACAUGGAAUUAAGAUAAUGGUUUCUGUUGAAUUACUCCAAAUCAAACUAUUUGUGUUUAAACCUUUGUUUUUUCGACUGCGGAAAGAAAGAAUCACUGAAGCGACAUUUUGUGAAUGUUAUAGUAGAGCGUUUUAAAGCUUUUUUUUCGUUUAAGAAAUAAAAUCGUAACUUGUUUUUUAGAGAAUGUAGAAUUUUACAGAGAUGAGUUCUAUGAAAGUGUUUUUUAGAAUUUGAAUAGCAUUAACUACGUUCCCGAAAGAAACUUUGAUGCGACGCCAUAACGCGAAAUAUAGUCUCGAAGAGACCAAUGAAACGACAUCCUAUGGCCAAGCCAUACCCGGAAUAUUGAUUGAAGCAAAAACAGUCAGAUGAAAUUUUCUAAUGAAUUAAACAGAAGUGUUUUUAAUAUGUUAGGUUUUUCAAUUUGGCAAAGAAACGUUUUAGUAUGACUGCUUUGAAUCAGGGAUAUUUAUACCUACCCUUUAUUGCCCGUGGUACCACCAGCAGAACUACUAGUAUUACACGGGUAAUUGUCGUCAUAGUAGCUUUUUAAUUUAAACAUAAUAAUUAUAUUCGGCACCAUGUCAUUAUUAUUAUUAUUAUUAUUGAUAUAAUUUUAAUACGAAAACGAUAAGUUUUAACUAUAUUCAUUAUUUAUUUUUGUUUUGUUUUAUAUAGCACUUUGCCUGAAGGCAGAGAAAGAGCGUAGCUCAGUGUUGCCACAAACACAUUUUAUAUCUUUGACAUAAAAUAAUCAUUGCAUCUAAACGUGACAAAGAUUUUUAGAUGCAUUUUGUUUUUGUCUUACGACUGUUGCUCAUAGGAAUAAAUAUAAUAUGGUUGUUUAUUUUUUACGCUCAUUUAAUCGACAACUGUCACUAUUAAGCUUCCCAGAAGAAACGUUCAAGUAACUUCUCUCAUAAAUUACUUGAAUAAAACGUGCUUAGAAAAAACAAUGACAUUACAUUAAUAGUACAUUGAAACCAAGUGUUUUAAAAAUACUUUAAGCCGUUAAGUUUAUGGGGAAAUGCCAUGUUUAGUGACAUAUCUUACUAAUAAAGGUUGUCGCAUACAUUUAAAACUGACAAAAAAUUCUACGGUACUUUAACCGACAUCAGCAGAAAAACGCCUAAUUUCAACAAUAUAUGAUAUGUAACUUCUAUACAUAUAUAUAAAUUUCGUCCAAAAUAUCGCAUCAGUGAUUCUUCCUUUCCACCGUCGAUAUAAAUCAAUGUUAAACCCAAAGGGUAAGUACAAGAUGGUUCGAUAAAAUAUUCUCUAAUAAUUAAUUACAAAUUUCGAGCAUUAUCAUAAACUCCGAAGUUAUUAUUUCUGUUACUUCGAAGUAAUCACAGCUUCUACGCAUCGUUAUUGCAUUGCAUGCGAUGUAAAAAAAGUAGGCGCUGCUGCUCUAGCUUCACAUUCACAUUCAAUACAAAAUAUAUUCGACACUUAAACCGCACUAAUUAUUUGGUCUCAACCACAGCAACUGAAAUAACUCUUAGAAAAGGUAGUUUCCCAAAUUGGACCUACUCGGAAUCAGCAGGGCUAAUCGUCGGAGCACGAUGAACGCAACAAUUUAUUGAUACGUAUUUUGUAAAUUCUAAGUACCGCGACGAGCUAAGGAAAUGAUUUGCGUGUGUUAAUUAAAUAUGAUAUUUUUAAGUAGACAAAAAUCGACACUGCAUCUAUGCAACUGCUUGUAGACGUCAUUACUCGUUAAGAGAAGUGAAAGGAAUAGAUACGUUCCUUUCUCGUUACGUAUCUCGGCAAGUGAAGAGAAGUAUCUGCAGAUAAUGCUGUCUUAAACAUUAUAACAAAGGACAUAUAAAAAUGAAUUCAGCUCUGCUUAUUCCCAGUUGUCAUGCUUAACUGGGAAUACUGCCUCGGAACGAAAAAAGGCACAACUGCUGUAUAAAGUAUGCAUAGUUGUGCCUUUUCUCGUUACGAGGGCAGAAUAAGCCUUCAGCUCUUAUGUAGGGUAACGCUAAUGUCUUUUGUUCUUUGCAUUUAUUUUUGUCAUAAAGUUUCAAAUGCUCAAGUUUAAGUUAGUAUUGUUUACAUGCAAAUAAAUUUUCCUUAUGUUUCCAAUAUAAAAAUAACAUAAUUAGUCA